AUGGAAACUAUAAUACGUUAUAAACUAGUGACUUUCCUGGAAGAAAAUAUAAUGAUUAGUAAUUAUCAACAUGGUUUCCGUAACAAACGCUCUUGCUUAACGAAUCUUCUUGACUUCUAUAACGAUGUAUUCAAUAUUUAUGACAAGACAAAAACGGUAGAUAUAAUUUCCCUUGAAUUCCAAAAAGCGUUUGACAAAAUUCUUCAUAAACGAUUACUAAAAACAAAUUGA